AUGUUCAAACUCGUGGUUUUAUUACUGGCAUCAGCAGUCAUUACUGAAGGUACACCACCUGUGGCCAGAUCACUAGCAGAGGCGGCUCAAAAAGGAAACUGGGACGUUUUACAAUCUUUGCUUCGAGAAAAUGCUCCAAAUACCUGGGCGCCUGCAUUAGUUGCUAAUGUAAAAGAUCUAAAAAAGCCUGAUGAUAACAGUCGUGUGUUUGGUCACGCCGUUUCCACUUACCACGUAUGGAGCAACAUUAACGGCAAUGUUUCUGAACAUAGCGAUGGCUUAGAAGUUCUCAACGACGACGGCGUUGUUACAUCACGUCAUUUUACUCCU